GGGAACGCUGGCACCAGUGCUCUUUUAAAAACAGCCCACUGGACGCCGUCCCAGAAGACGGAGGGGAAAACUUGUAUACCCUCUCAAGACGCCAAGUCCUCUCCUCCGCUGCGCUUUUGAAAGCCUAUAGGGGGACCUGCUAUCACGUAGCUCGGUCGCCGGAUCGUCUUCCAGGAGAGGAAGUCACCUUGCCGCAAAGCCCAGGGGAGCUGCGCACUGGGCCUCGCCGGGCUCAACCCGGGUGCAGACAAACGGAGAGGCUGUAAAAUCCCACUGCGGCUCUGCAGGAUUCCACAUCGCGCCCGGUCGGGUUUAAUGCCUAGCGUCUUCCGUACUGCCAAACCCGAAGGGGACCACUGCAAUGGAGGAGUCUUUCUGGAUAGGCCAUGGUGGACAGGGGUGAUAUGGGAUGUCGGUACAGCUACUACCUUCCUGUGCCCACCUGGGCAUGACUCCCACCAGCCUUCCCUUGGAGAUAACGACAAAAAAACCGGAAACGGGGCAAAACGAAGAAUUACAUCACCCAGGGCUGUGAAAUCUACCUGGUACCCGGAAAUCGACCCAGUCAGGCUGCAAUGGAGGCAACCCUGUUUGGCUUGGAGGACGUGUUCCUGGGCGGGCAGGGAAUCCUGUGGAACAUCACCACGGCGGCUCUGAGGAGGUGGAGGAUCCUGCACCUGCGGACUCUGCUCACGCUUAGAGCCAGACGCGUACCGAGGGCGGUGUACCAGAUGACGGAGGGGCGGCGAUGUCAGGUGCACCUCCUAGAUGACAGGAAGCUCGAACUUCUCGUGCAGCCAAAACUGAUGGCAAAGGACCUCCUGGAUCUGGUGGCAUCUCACUUCAAUUUGAAAGAGAAGGAAUAUUUCGGAAUAUCUUACACAGAUGACACGGGGCAUUUCAGCUGGCUGCAGUUGGAUCGCCGGGUUCUGGAGCACGAGUUCCCCAAGAAGUCUGGACCGGUGGUUCUGUUCUUCUGUGUCAGGUUCUACAUCGAGAGCAUAUCCUACCUGAAGGACAAUGCCACCAUUCAGCUCUUCUUCCUCAAUGCUAAAUCUUGUAUCUACAAGGAGCUCAUUGAGGUGGACAGUGAGGUGGUGUUCGAACUGGCCUCCUACAUCCUCCAGGAAGCAAAAGGCGACUUCUCCAGCGAUGACGCCACCCGGGCCGAUUUGAAGAAGCUGCCAGCUUUGCCCACCCAGGCCCUGAAGGAGCACCCAUCGCUGGCCUACUGUGAGGACCGGGUAAUGGAGCACUACAAGAAGCUCAGCGGUCAGUCCAGAGGACAAGCCAUUGUCAAUUACAUGAGCAUAGUGGAGUCUCUCCCCACCUACGGAGUCCAUUACUAUGCCGUGAAGGACAAGCAGGGAAUCCCGUGGUGGCUGGGGCUGAGCUACAAAGGGAUCUUCCAGUACGACUACCAGGACAAGGUGAAACCGAGAAAGGUCUUCCAAUGGAGGCAGCUGGAGAACCUCUACUUCAGAGAGAAGAAGUUUUCCGUGGAAGUCCAUGACCCUCGCAGGGCGUCGGUGACCCGAAGGACGUUUGGCCACAGUGGGAUCGCAGUGCACACCUGGUACGCCAGCCCCACCCUGAUCAAAACCAUCUGGGCCAUGGCUAUUAGCCAGCACCAGUUCUACCUGGACAGAAAACAGAGCAAGUCUAAAAUCCACGCGGCAAGGAGCCUGAAUGAAAUAGCAAUUGACUUGACAGAAACGGGAACACUGAAGACCUCUAAGUUGGCCAACAUGGGCAGCAAGGGCAAGAUCAUCAGCGGUAGCAGCGGGAGCCUUCUCUCCUCAGGCUCCCAGGAGUCUGACAGCUCCCAGACGGCCAAGAAGGACAUGCUGGCUGCGCUCAAGGCCAGACAGGAAGCCCUGGAGGAGACCCUGCGUCAGAGGCUGGAAGAGCUCAAGAGCAUCUGCAUCCGUGAGGCGGAGCUGACGGGGAAGCUUCCCAAAGAGUACCCCCUGGAGCCAGGAGAGGAGCCACCCAUGGUGCGCCGCAAGAUUGGCACGGCCUUCAAGCUGGACGAGCAGAAGAUAGUCCCCAAGGGAGAGGAAGAGGAACUGGAGCGACUAGAGCGGGAGUUUGCCAUCCAGUCGCAGAUCACGGAGGCGGCGCGGCGACUGGCCAGCGACCCCCACGUCACCAGCAAGAAGCAGAAGAAGCAGAGGAAGACGUCCUACCUCAAUGCCCUGAAGAAGCUGCAGGACAUUGAGAACAGCAUCAACGAGUACCGCGUACGGUCUGGGAAGAAGCCCACUCAGCGGGCCUCGCUCAUCAUCGAGGAGGCAAACAUUGGCUCUGAAGACAGCUCCCUCUCCGACGCCCUGGUCCUCGACGAUGACGACCCCCAGGUGACGCCAACCUUCUCCCCGGCGGCCUCCCCCCACCGCGGCCUGCCCCCCCGGCCCCCGUCACACGGCAGGCCCCCACCCCCGCAGUCCCUGGAGGGGCUUCGGCACCUGCACUACCAGCGCUGCGACUACGACAAGUCGCCCAUCAAGCCCAAGAUGUGGAGCGAGUCCUCGCUGGACGAGCCUUACGAGCGCGUUAAGAAGCGCUCCUCCCACAGCCACUCCAGCCACCGGCGUUUCCCCAGCACGGGCAGCUGUGCGGAGCCCGGGGGGAGCGGCUCCUUGCAGAACAGCCCGGUCCGCGGCCUCCCCCAGUGGAGCUCCCAGUCCAGCAUGCCCUCCACGCCUGACCUGAGGACGCGCACCCCCCACUACAUCCACUCCACCAGGUCCGUGGACCUCAGCCCCACACGGCUGCACAGCCUGGUCCAGCACUUCCGGAACCGCAGCUCCAGUUUGGAGUCGCAGGGCAAACUGCUGGGCCCGGAGUCGGACACGGGCAGCCCAGACUUCUGCGGGCCGGCGGCGCGCAGCAGCAAUGGCUCUGACGCACCAGACGACUGCUCGUCCUGCACCAGCCACUCCAGUUCGGAGCAUUGCUACCCAGCACCCUGCAGCGCCAACUACUCCACGCUGGCUGAGGACUCGCCCUCCAAGGCCCGGCAGCGGCACAAGUCCAGCGGGCACCUGGGCUCCUCCAACUCGGGCAGCAUGCCCAACCUGGCGGCCCGUAACGGUGGAGGUGGCGUGGGGCACCACGGCGUCUAUCUGCACAGCCAGAGCCAGCCGUCAUCGCAGUACCGUAUCAAGGAGUACCCGCUGUACGUGGAGGGCAGUGCCACGCCCGUGGUGGUGCGUAGCCUGGAGAGCGACCAGGAGGGCCACUACAGCGUCAAGGCCCAAUUCAAGACCUCCAGCUCCUACACGGCGGGUGGCCUUUACAAGGAAGCCUGGCGCGACGAGGGUCCCGAGGGCUGCCGCCUGCCGCCGUCGCGCUCGCAGGUUGUACGGACUCCCUCAGUGGGCCGCGAGGGCGGGGCCGGGGGCGGGACCAGGACCGCCGUGUCCGAGGAGCUCCGGUGCUGGUACCAGCGCUCGUCCAGCUCGCUUAAGGAGCGCGGCAGCGGCUCGCACAGCGGGUCCAACACACCGGAGUAUGGCACACUGCAGGGCCACGCCUCCCGCACUGGCACACUGCAGGGCCACGCCUCCCGCACUGGCACGCUGUCCCGGGCCUCCACAGCUUCGCCUCUCAGCCACAGGAGCGCCACCCCCUGCAGUGAGCCAGCCGCCACGCCGCCCCCCAGCAGCCCACAGCAUAUCCUCAGCUGGCAAAGCGGAGACACGGCAGAAGGCUGUCCCUCUGAGGAACACCCUCAGUCUCCAGCUCACCAAAGUACUGACGCUUAGAGUCCUUUCAGCGACGGCUGUUACCUGGACAGUCCCCUCUUAGCAGACAUCCAGUGGUACGGUCGGGAGAAAUCCAAGCCUGGGACCCUGGUCUGAACGCUUGCCGUCGACCUCCUCAGCAUCCUCAAGACUGACUGGCAAGCUUGCAGGCCACGUUUCCCUUCUUCGGGUGGAUGGGACGAAUGCUCCCCCUGAACCCCUAGUGGUUGCGCUGAAUCGACUUCUCUCAACUCGCCAGGUUCUGCAAAGCCCCCAGUGGUUCAACGGCUCCACCCAGCCCUCAUACCAACAGUUGUUGCUGUAUGAACGACCGGGUGCCUAAUGCCCCCUGCUGGAGCCACAGACGCUAAUCUGUAGAGGAGCCAGUGCUUGGAUUAGCAGUCUGGCAUCCGUAUCCAGGUCAUCCUCCACCCACCACGCAACGUCGUUCGCGCCGACGCUGUGGGAAAUUUUGCAAAGUCGACCCACCUGCUCCGAGACCAGUGUACGUUAUUUUUGUUUGCCGUCCUGUCCGGAUUUAUUUUUGUUUCAUUCUGAAGGUGACUUAUUCCCUACCCAUUGUAUGCUUCUCCUCUGGAAAUCUUGGAGCUUGACUGGAUGAUGAUGAUUCUGACCGUGCCCCAUGCUCCACCCCGGAGAUGAUCCAGGGUCGACUCGUUAAUAUUUCCCUGCUAACCAAGACCAAGUCAAUCCCUUUGACAGGGGUAACACCGGUUUUUCCAGAUUCCCACAUAGUGCCCCCUGCUGUCUCCGUGUUUUGCACCCCUCAGCCCUCAAUGGCCUUUUGUGACCAAAAGUUAAAAUCAGUUAAUUCCGAGGACCACUGUUGUGCAUCGCUUGCACCAUAGAUUUACUCAGUUGUCUUGGUAUCUUUAGGAUCCUUUUCAGAGCCCACCCCAUCCUGUCACAUGAUCCCCCGUCAUUGGACUAAAUCAGAUUGUCUUCACAUGUGAUCUUUUCUCUAUGGUGAACCUAUCUGUCAGUCAAACCUCAGUACCAAUCCUGGUUUCCCGAAUGGGGGAGGGUGUCCUUUUUAGAGCCACAGCAGGGUGACAGUGGUGCUAUCCCACCUUGGUGCUCCAACGCCCCGUACUGUAAUGGCACCAGCAGAAGCCAGCAUCGACUUGACCGGUGGCAGAUCUCUCCCCCGACCCCCGACCCCCGGCCCGACAAACACCUUGCCUUACCCAACACAACAGGAAGAUUUUAUCAGCAUCUGGCAGUGGUGGAAGAAUCCGAUCACCAAGCGAACAGCAGCUGAUUCCUCACGCACACUACUCCCUGGGUCACUUGUCUGCUGUCCAGAUGAUUCCGUCAAGUCAAACGUUUCUGCGCAAAUGCAGUGUGGUUAGAAAAACACAUGGCAGGCAACACUAACACCCAUAACACAAAUGUUUACAGGAUCCAGCCAUAGUCACAUUAUUCUGGCCUUGGAGUUACCUUCAACCUAAAACUGACCAUUCCACCGUAAAUAAUGAUCAUCCUGCCUUAUGGCUUAAUGAAAUAGACUAUAGGGGAAAUACUGUAUGGCACAAAUGGAAAUACAGGUUUUUUUUGGGGGGGGGUGGGGGAUAAAGGUUGAGGAUUUCCAGUUUGACCACAGAAAGCUGGAAAUCGACCAUGAGGAAGCAGGUUCCCACACGGGUGCUCGUCACUUCGUCACCGUAGUCAAGGUAGCGGUGGAACCUACAGACAGGCCACGAUGGUGGGGAUGUCGGACAUGUAUUUGGGACGCAGUGGAAGAACUGGGAACUUUCUCCUUCCACUCCUCUCUGUCUGUUAAAUCAGAGGAUGCACAGAAGCCAUAUUCCUGAAUGAGGACAAAAAAAGCCUGUUUUCUUGUCGUUGCGGUUUCUUAGCCAUGUCCUCCCCACACACCUCCGCUCACAUGCUGUGGCCACAUUUCCUGUACCUUUAAUCACCAGGUGAAUACCCCGAAUCGAGAAGCACAUCUUUAUUUUUAGUAUGGGUAGAAACAAAAAAUAACGUUUUGUGCCCGCAGUCGUUGUUAGGCACACUGAACACACAGGGUCUUUGGAUGUCUGUUUUUUUUACCCAACAUAUCUCAAGUGGGUUUUUCUGGAGUCCUGACUUGCUGUAGAAGAUCUGGACAGGGUGGCCGCUUUCUUCACAUGCCAUGGACCGGAAGCUUUGACGAUAGAGGAGGUCUCCUGGGCUUCUUCAGAUUUCUGUGACCUUCCUCUGCCCGAUCGGAGAAACGGCAGACGUCGUCAGACGCUCAGAUCGACAGGCACGUUGCCUUCAGAACGACACGAGCCAAACUGGAGGUGAAGAACCAAUUAAAUUUAUGGGGGACUUUCUAUUUGAGGAAUGGUGCAAGAACAGUGUUGGUGGAAAAUGUGUCUCCGGGUAAUCCCUGUGGUGUACACAGUGCCUCUUGUCAGUUCUCCCUUAAAACCUUGUAUCACUCUAGUUGUUUAUAGUUAAUUGAUCCAUGGCUGGCAACAAACUCAUAGCAAAUUGAAGGGAUUUUGUCCUGUAAGAUGAUAAUUUGCUGUUCGUUACCGAGCGUGGCCCGAAAGGUGCAUUGUGGAUCCUGAAACGUAAAGUAAGAAACCGUCUACUGUCGGGCUUCCUGAAUAUAACACAUUUAACACAUUUCCCUGCCCCUGACCUUAGAACUUGUGGUAAUCUCUGAUCUCAAAACCAAUGUGAGUACAAGCUGUGUCCUCGGAUGUUUCAUUCUCACCCUAUUGCUGUAUACGUUGAAAAAAGUUAGCGGUUUUUAUAUUAAAAGAAAAGUAACUAACAUAACAUUACUCAGCAUUUACUGAUGUGGAGGGCAGAGUGUUUUUAAACAUUUACCAUUAUUUUAAUGAUGAUUCUGGGUUUUUUAUUUUUAAUAAAUCAGUAUUAGGUUUUAGUUUGAACAUUUUAAAAACCCUUUCAGGUGCUACAAGAUUACCACUCUCUGUCCUAUUAACUAGGUGUAGAAUUUCACUUCUACUUGUCAAUAGUUCUACUACCAGUUGUCCAAAAUGAAGGAUGUUAGUGUGAAACUGUACAGCUCAUCUCCAUCUGACCGUAGGGCAUGUUCAAAUAACCAGACGAAGAUGUAUGUUGUAGGAAAAAAAAACAAUGUGGAAUUGUAAGAAAUAAUUAAUUCCAUUGUUAAUUUAUUCUUUUUUCUAUUAAGAAUUUGUAUAGUAACUUUACAUUUUUCAAAACUGUGUUGUUGGCAACUGAUAAUGAAUUUUCCAGAUGAGAAAACUCGGUGGUUCUUGAGAUAAUGAAAAUAAAUUAUUGCUGAAUGUUCUCUA